AACAGUAAUGACAUAACCUCGUUUAUGUCUGUUAAGUAAACUGAAUUUUGUUCGUCCCAAAACGUAAGUCGCAACUUGCGUUGAAGUUGGCGAUAUGUUGAGACUGAGCCUUGUAAACCCCCUGCGAACGACGUACAAGCGCUGUUUGGCCGGACAGUCGCUGCAAGCGAAUGUGGCGGACUCGGAGUACUCUGCGGAGCCGGCGUAUCCGGAGAUCCAGAAUCCGUCGUUCAAGGCCCGCAAGCAAAGAGAUGCUUCCGAGUGGCACGAGCAGAUUCGCAAGGUGCCGACGGUGGAGGAGAAGCUAAUCAAAAUAAAUAUGCCCCGCUAUUACGGCUACAAAGUGGUUGACUUCAACGACUCCAAGAUUCCGUACAAUGCACUGCCGCUCACGCAACACUACACGCGAACUGUGCUGGAGGAUCUGCCACAGGCGACAGGAUCAGGAUCAGGAUCACAGGCGGUCAAGGAAGAAGGCGACAAGCCCAGCGAGGAUGCUGACUUUAAGGCGGUCCGUGAGGAUGUCAUUGAAGCCCUUGAGUUUGCACAUGACUACUACAAGCAUCUGGAGAAGCUAACCAAUGGUGGCCAACCAAGUGCCGUGGAACAGGAGCGCAUGCUGACGCAGAUCAUUGUGGAACAGCUCAACCGAGCCGUGCUGCAGGCUCUCAGCGAGCAGCACAAGCAUUUGGAUGAGGUCGAGGUCGACUACAAUCCGCGCCACGAAGCCUUCUGGGCGGUUGGCGGCGUAGAUCCGCCCAAGAACGUGCGCAACUCCAAGAAAGGCAGGGAGUGGCAAAAGGAAGAUGCAAACCAGAGCGUAGAUCGAUUGGUGCAGUACACGGGAGCACCGUAUCUGUCUCUGCGCCAUCGGAAGCAACUGCUGCCUUGGAAAACGCCAGCGGAAAGCGAGGAUAUUGAGUUGAGCAAACAAGUGCCCCGCUUUAAGCACGAUCCGCGCACCCUUGGCUAUAGCACCAAGCAUCAGCAUGCCACCAAUGUGCCAGGCUAUUGGCCCAAGGGUAAUGAACAGAACUUCGGACUGCUCUCAUUUCAAUCGCGGGCUCACUUCCAGUUGCGACCGAAAUCGUUUGGCGAACGCGAUCUUCAGGAGGCUCUUCAUUCGCUGGCCAUCAAAUCGUCUUAUGCAUGGCUUUUGGCCCAGGCCAACUACAAUGGCUUCAACACCUACAACGAACUCACCUAUCCCAUGAACACCCAAACUGUAAUCACGAACGGCAGGGAGUGGAGCUUUUACGAGUAUCAAUUGAAUACGCUGCUGCUGCACGGCAACCACCAGGAUGAUAAUCCGCGCGUAAACUUCUGUCGCGGAACGAAGCCUCUGCCACUUUACGCAGAGAUUGCGACAAACGGCAAGUGCGUGGACUUCAACGAUGCCACACUGCGGCAGCUGCUGAAUUUCUAUGCCAACGUGCCAAGUAUUCAGAGGACCAACGAGGAGCUACAGCCGUAUGUAGCAUCCGACAUAUCCGCGUAUGAGAACACCGAACAACGUGACUUUAUUGCUAAGACCUUUAAAUAUCUGGCCUCAAACCGACCGCGUCAUCUGGAGAUACCUGAAUUCUACAUGUGGGAGAAAAUAUACAAGAUUGAUAAUAACAAUCGGGCCAUGGAGCCCAAACGUCGAUUCUUUGAGCGGGAAGUAAAUCCCUGGCGACGAACACUCGACCAGCACGACAAGGUGUACGUGCCACGGGCGAUCCGUGGUAAAAGUCGGGAGAACAGAUACAAGAAGACUUACUACCCUUGAAUAAUUCAAUAAAUUUUUCCAAAGUUUACCUUGUUAUGAA